AGUCAGCGGGGAGCUGGAUGGAGAGAGGGUUCGAGCGCUGAACCAGGCAUUGGGACGGGAUGGCUGUGGCGUUGGACUCGGUCUCGGUCAGGGUCAAAGAUGUUUUUAAGAGGAACGGGCUGCUCAUCCUCUCGGUCUUGUCCGUCAUCAUCGGCUGCUCUCUGGGAUUUUUCCUGCGGACCAGACGUCUCUCCGAACAGGAAAUAAAAUAUUUCCAGUUUCCUGGAGAGCUGCUCAUGAGGAUGUUGAAAAUGUUGAUUUUGCCUCUGGUGGUUUCAAGCCUGAUGUCGGGGCUGGCAGCGCUGGAUGCCAAAGCCUCGAGCCGGCUGGGCCUGAUCACCAUCGCCUACUACCUGUGGACCACCUUCGUGGCUGUGGUGAUCGGCAUCAUCAUGGUGUCCAUCAUCCACCCUGGAGGGGCCGCGCAGAAGGAGAGCACAGAGGACAGCGGCAAACCCAUCAUGAGCUCCGCAGACGCCCUGCUAGAUCUGAUCCGGAACAUGUUCCCGUCCAAUUUAGUUCAAGCCACAUUUAAGCAGUAUCGAACAAAAAUUGUCCCGAUCGUGAUAUCAGUGAAGAUAUUGGGUUCGGAGCCGGCUACCAGGAUUCCCCUGAUCUAUGGGAUUCAUGGUGACAAUAACUCGGUCGUCAUCCAGAACUUUACCCUGGAUAUCACCCCGCCUCCCGAAAUCAUCUACAAAUCCGGCCCGGGAUCCAGCGACGGAAUGAACGUGUUGGGAAUUGUGAUAUUCUCCGCCACAAUGGGUAUAAUGCUGGGGAGAAUGGGCAAGAACGGAAUGCCUCUGGUCAGCUUCUGCCAGUGUCUCAACGAGUGCGUCAUGAAGAUCGUCGCAGUGGCAACCUGUUACUUCCCGUUCGGCAUCGUGUUCCUGAUAGCCGGGAAGAUCCUGGAGAUGGAUGACCCGACGGCUAUUGGGAAGAAGCUGGGAUUUUACGCGGUGACGGUGGUGUGUGGGCUGGUGGUUCACGGCCUCUUCGUGCUGCCCAUGGUCUAUUUCUUCAUCACCAAGAAAAACCCCAUCGUCUACAUCAGGGGCAUCCUGCAGGCCCUGCUCAUCGCUCUGGCCACCUCCUCCAGCUCGGCCACGCUACCCAUCACGUUCAAGUGCCUGUUAGAAAACAACCACAUUGACAGACGGAUAGCCCGCUUUGUGCUGCCGGUGGGGGCCACCAUCAACAUGGACGGGACGGCGCUGUACGAAGCCGUGGCCGCCAUAUUCAUCGCUCAGGUCAACAAUUACGAGCUGGACUUUGGGCAAAUCAUCACCAUAAGUAUCACAGCGACGGCGGCCAGUAUUGGAGCUGCAGGGAUCCCCCAGGCCGGGCUGGUGACCAUGGUCAUCGUCCUGACCUCUGUCGGGUUGCCCACCGACGACAUCACUCUCAUCAUCGCCGUGGACUGGGCUCUGUGAGUUCCUCUGCUUU